AUGGAGAGAGCUGGGGACCAGACCCCCGGGAACCCCGAGCCAUCCUCCCUGGCGACUCUGGGUGACCCACAGGUGACCCUGCUGACUGUCCACAAACAAUGGUCCUUCAAGAGGAGCCCUGGGACCGGGGGCUCCAGCAGGCCGGUGAUUUCAGAGGAGGAAUGCCCUCCCCCAUCAGAGGAAGGAGAAUUUUCACAGAAGGUUUUGAAUGGAUCGGAAGAGAUCAGUUCCAAGCAGAUCCUGUCUAAGCUUUUCCAGCCAGCAAUGAAGCAGAGCUUUGCCUUUGACAACAAUGGCUACGAGGAUGACCUGGAUGGCGUGUGCCCCUCCCAGACGGCCGCUGGCACCAUCAGCAUUGUGGGCAUGACCUGCCAGUCGUGUGUCAAGUCCAUCGAGGGCAGGGUCUCCAGUUUGAAAGGCAUUGUGAGCAUUAAGGUUUCCCUGGAGCAGGGCAGUGCUGAGGUGAGAUACGUGCCCUCAGUGGUAAGCCUGAUGCAGAUUUGCCAUCAGAUUGAAGACAUGGGCUUCCAGGCCAGUGUGGCCGAGGGAAAGGCCACCUCCUGGGCCUCCAGGGUCUCGCCCACCUCGGAGGCCGUGGUCAAGCUUCGGGUGGAGGGCAUGACCUGCCAGUCCUGUGUCAGCUCCAUAGAAGGCAAGAUCGGGAAACUGCAGGGCGUCGUGAGGGUCCGCGUCUCGCUCAGCAACCAGGAGGCAGUCAUCACUUACCAGCCUUACCUUAUCCAACCCCAAGACCUCAGGGACCAUAUAACCGAUAUGGGGUUUGAAGCCGUCAUCAAGAACAAGGUGGCCCCAGUAAGCCUGGGACCCAUAGACGUCAGGCGACUCCAGAGCACCCUCUCAGCGGCCCCUCCAACUCCCGUUAAUCAGAAUGACAAUAACUCUGAGACCCCAGGGGGCCAGGGGGUCCCCCUGCACCUGAGAGUGGAUGGAAUGCACUGUAAGUCUUGUGUCCUGAACAUUGAAGACAAUAUCGGCCAGCUCCCCGGGGUUCAGAGUAUUCACGUGUCCCUGGAGAGCAGGACCGCCCAAGUCCAGUACGACCCUUCUCUCGUCUCCCCAGGGGCCCUGCAGAGGGCCAUCGAGGCCCUGCCUCCUGGGAACUUUAAAGUCUCUUUUCCCAAUGGGGCGGAAGGGAGUGGGCCAGACUCCAGGACCCCCCCGGCACCCAGUGCGCCCUGUACCAUGAUGCUGGCCAUUGCUGGCAUGACCUGUAAGUCCUGCGUCCAGUCCAUCGAAGGCCUGAUCUCCCAGAGGGCGGGCGUGCACCAGAUCUCAGUCUUUUUGGCCGAAGGAACUGCAGUGGUUCUCUAUGAUCCAUCUCGAACUCACCCAGAAGAACUGCGAGCCGCGGUGGAGGACAUGGGAUUCGAGGCCUCCAUCCUGGCUGAAAACUGUUCCAGCAACCAGGUUGGCAACCACAGUGCUGGGAGUGCCAUGGGGCCUGCGGCAGCUGGCACACCUGUGCCCAUGCAGGAAGAGGCUCCCCAGCCAGGGGGGCUCCACACUAACCACAUCCCCCGCCAGUCGCCCAAGUCCCUCCCGGCCUCCACCACGGUGGCCCCAAAGAAGUGCUUCCUACAGAUCUCAGGCAUGACCUGUGCGUCCUGUGUGUCCAACAUAGAGAGGAACCUGCAGAAAGAACCUGGGAUCCUGUCUGUGCUGGUUGCCCUGAUGGCAGGAAAGGCAGAGGUGAAGUACAACCCGGAAGCCAUCCAGCCCCUGGAGAUAGCAAAGCUCGUCCAGGACCUGGGCUUUGAGGCAGCAGUGAUGGAAGACUACACGGGCUCGGAUGGCGACCUCGAGCUGAUGAUCACGGGGAUGACCUGCGCCUCCUGUGUUCACAACAUAGAGUCCAAACUCAGGAGGACAGAAGGCAUCACCUACGCCUCUGUGGCUCUCGCCACCAGCAAAGCCCACGUGAAGUUUGAUCCUGAAAUUAUUGGUCCGCGGGAUAUUGUCAAACUUAUCGAGGAAAUUGGCUUUCGUGCCUCCCUGGCCCAGAGGAUCCCCAACGCUCAUCACUUGGACCACAAGGUGGAAAUAAAGCAGUGGAAGAACUCUUUCCUGUGCAGCCUGGUGUUUGGCAUCCCCGUCAUGGGUUUAAUGAUCUAUAUGUUGAUACCCAGCCAUGAGCCUCAGUCCUCAGUCCUUGACCACAACGUCGUCCCAGGACUGUCCAUCCUGAAUCUCGUCUUCUUUAUCUUGUGCACCUUUGUGCAGUUCCUUGGCGGCUGGUACUUCUAUGUCCAGGCCUACAAAUCUCUGAGACACGGGAUGGCCAACAUGGACGUGCUCAUCGUGCUGGCCACGAGCAUCGCCUACGUCUACUCCCUCGUCAUCCUGGUGGUGGCCGUGGCCGAGAAGGCCGAGAGGAGCCCCGUGACCUUCUUUGACACGCCCCCCAUGCUCUUCGUCUUCAUCGCCCUGGGGCGGUGGCUGGAACACGUGGUGAAGAGCAAAACCUCAGAAGCGCUUGCCAAACUCAUGUCUCUGCAAGCCACGGAAGCCACCGUCGUGACCCUUGGUGAAGACAACGUGAUCAUCAGGGAGGAGCAGGUGCUCAUGGAGCUGGUGCAACGAGGUGACAUCAUCAAGGUGGUCCCCGGGGGCAAGUUUCCCGUGGACGGGAAAGUCCUAGAAGGCAACACCAUGGCCGACGAGUCCCUCAUCACAGGAGAGGCCAUGCCUGUCACCAAGAAGCCCGGAAGCAUGGUAAUCGCCGGGUCCAUGAACGCCCAUGGCUCUGUGCUCAUCACUGCCACCCACGUGGGCAAUGAUACCACCUUGGCCCAGAUUGUGAAGCUAGUGGAAGAGGCCCAGAUGUCCAAGGCACCCAUUCAGCAACUGGCUGACCGGUUUAGUGGAUAUUUUGUCCCAUUUAUCAUCAUCAUUUCAACUGUGACGUUGGUGGUAUGGAUUGUAAUCGGUUUUAUCGAUUUUGGUGUUGUUCAGAAAUACUUUCCUGCCCCCAGCAAGGGCAUCUCCCAGGCCGAGGUGGUCCUGCGGUUCGCGUUCCAGACGUCCAUCACGGUGCUCUGCAUCGCCUGCCCCUGCUCGCUGGGCCUGGCCACGCCCACGGCCGUCAUGGUGGGCACCGGGGUGGCCGCCCAGAACGGCAUCCUCAUCAAGGGCGGCAAGCCCCUGGAGAUGGCCCACAAGAUAAAGACCGUGAUGUUCGACAAAACCGGCACCAUUACCCACGGGGUCCCCAAAGUCUCGAGGGUCCUCCUGCUCGUGGACGUGGCCACGCUGCCCCUGCGGAAGGUGCUUGCUGUGGUGGGGACCGCGGAGGCCAGCAGUGAGCACCCCCUGGGCGUGGCAGUGACCAGACACUGUAAAGAGGAACUUGGCACGGAGACCCUGGGGUGCUGCAUGGACUUCCAGGCGGUGCCCGGCUGUGGAAUCAGCUGCAAAGUCAGCAACGUGGAGAGCAUCCUUGCCCAGGGCGAGCGCCCGCAGGGCCCACCAACUGCUCACCAGAACAGAGUCGGCAGCGAGCCCUCAGAAACAGACGCAGCCACUCAGACCUUCUCUGUGCUGAUCGGAAACCGGGAAUGGAUGAGGCGCAACGGCCUGACCGUCACCAGCGACGUCCGCGACGCCAUGACCGACCACGAGACAAAGGGCCAGACGGCCAUCCUGGUCGCCAUCGAUGGUGUACUGUGCGGCAUGAUCGCCGUCGCGGACUCGGUCAAGCAGGAGGCCGCCCUGGCCGUGCACACGCUGAAGAGCAUGGGCGUGGACGUGGUGCUCAUCACCGGGGACAACCGCAAGACAGCCAGGGCCAUUGCCACCCAGGUUGGCAUCAACAAAGUCUUUGCAGAGGUGCUGCCUUCUCACAAGGUGGCCAAAGUCCAGGAGCUGCAGAACCAGGGGAAGAGAGUGGCCAUGGUGGGCGACGGCGUGAACGACUCCCCAGCCCUGGCGCAGGCUGACGUGGGCAUUGCCAUCGGCACGGGCACUGACGUGGCCAUCGAGGCGGCCGACGUCGUCCUCAUCAGGAAUGACCUGCUCGAUGUGGUGGCCAGCAUCCACCUCUCCAGGAGGACCGUCUGGAGAAUACGGCUCAACCUGGUGCUGGCGCUGAUCUACAACCUGAUCGGGAUCCCCGUCGCGGCAGGUGUCUUCAUACCCAUUGGCGUCGUGCUGCAGCCGUGGAUGGGCUCAGCGGCCAUGGCGGCCUCCUCCGUGUCUGUGGUCCUCUCGUCACUGCAGCUCAAGUGCUACAGGAAGCCGGACCUGGCGCAGUACGAGGCGCAGGCGCACGGCCACAUGAAGCCCCUGAGCGCGUCGCAGGUCAGCGUGCGCGUUGGCAUGGACGACCGCCGGCGCGACUCCCCGCGGGCCUCGGCCUGGGACCAGGUCAGCUACGUCAGCCAGGUGUCCCUGUCCCCCCUCAAGUCCGACAAGCUGUCCCGGCACAGUGGCGCGGCCGACGACAGGGGCGACAAGUGGUCUCUGCUUCUGAAUGACCGGGACGAGGAGCAGGGCAUCUGAAAGCCGCCCCCGCGGCUGAGGCUCCCAGCCCGCAGCGGCAGCAGCAGGCGGCCGAGCCCCUCCAGGCCUAGGCGAACAUUCUGGAUCACCCCUUCCCUGCGCCCGGGGGCGCGAUUCCCCGGGUUCCAUGGGCUCAGGGGAAGGCGUGCUUGCCUACGCGCUCGUGGGCUCAUCGGACACCUUGCUGCGGCCUCAAGAAGAGGAAGGACAAGCCCUCCUCGCAUCCCCUGCCUUAGCAUUUGUGACACGACCAGUCUCAUUGGGUCCAGCAUCUUCGCUGCGCCCCUCCACAGAGCUCAUAGAAACUUCGGGGUCUGGCUCUUUCUGACAGCACCCGUGCGCAUCGCGUGCCUGAGACCACCUGUACCUCAGGCGCCCCCUUGUUUUCUGCUGGGGCCUUCUCUUCCUCCUCUGCCCUUGACAGUGGGGGUGUGACACCCCGUCAUCUGAGGGCAGGGCUGACAUCCUCACAUCCUCUCUGCUGCUCUCCAAGGGGCUCCUGUGCUCCUGCCUGAACCCCUUGCCCACGCAACCACCAGAAAGCCUGCCACACUUCUCCUUGGUGACCAGAGGUCUUGGUUGCCCGCGAACCGCUUCUUCCUAGAGUCCCGGCUUCUCAUGCUUAAUCCAGUGUGGUUGCUGACUGUCGCUGCCUAGCUGGGCUGAGGGUCUGAGAGCCUGAGGCUUGAGAAAUUCGGCUUCCUGUGGGGUCCUGGGGGAGGCAUGUGGCUCAAGAUACUGCUUGCCUGGUUUCAGGGGCUUCAGUUGCAUGGCCUGUGGUGUGACAGUCACCUCACAGGGUCUGGUAUGGGGUUCAGGUCUGUGCUCCCCAGAGCUGCGCAGCCCUGGGGCAGUGAGACCCAAGUAAGAGGACACCCCAGCCCUCCACACGCUUCGACUCCUGCACAUGGAGCUGGUGCCUUAGGAAGGGGGGGGGGGUGCCCACCACUCCCAAGGGAACUGUUUCUAACUUCCAGUGGCCUUUAUGGUUGCAUGAUAAUCAGCGCAACAGCAGUGGGCCCACGGCAGACUCCGAGCUUGGUGGUGAUUGGCAGAGCCUGUGGAGGUCUGGUAAUGCUAGCCAAAUCUGACUAAGUGAGUAGAGCCUGUUCUCAGUUUCAAGGGAGAAGCCCUUAUCACACACUUCACGCACACUUUAGUUAUUUAUUGUCAGUUAUUUUUCAGGGGGAUAUAAGCACUUUUUAUUGCUUACCUCUAAUCGUCACAAUGAACUAGCAAAGUAGAUACAACAUUGUCCACAUUUCACACAGGCGGGAAACAGGCUCAGAGAGGCUAGGAAUCCCGCCAAGGAUCACACAGCAAGUGUGCGUGCCGGAGCAGGGAUCUGAAUUCAUGUCCGCGGGCCCUGAAGUCUUUUCGCUAAUUUGGCCCUACCGUCAACUGUUUGUUUGAUAAGAAGCAACAAGGAAAAAGCCCUUGUUCCUGGAAGAACAAAGCUGCCAGGUGACGUAUUCCCUGAACUGGCUUGAAAUGUGACCUCGAGGUCAUGUCACAUUGCCUUUGGAUAGCUCCUUCCCAUUUGCAUGUCAUUGAGUCUAUGCUGCAUCUUACCCUCUAAAAUCCGUGUGCAGGGUGGAGGUGUGGUUUUGUUUCCAGUCUUCCUUCCCCAGCCCCGUCCUGCUGUGUUCUCAGUUGUGUCCUUCUCCGUUCCCAGCUGCUGCUCUGGGAAUGUUUCCUGUUUCCUUGGAGAAGGCUAAUCAUAUCUAAAGAAUACAAUUGUAUCAACUUUUCAAAAAGCUUUUAGGACCAUAAAUGUUAUGUGUAUAGGGACAUGGAGAUAUUUAUGUAAUU